AUGCGUUUCGCAACUUCAUCUCUCGUACUGCUUCCAGCUUUGGCCCAUGGGAUUAAUAUUGUCUCGUCAAACGACGAUGGAUGGGCUGAAAUAGGCAUCAGAACGUUGUACGAUUCUUUGACCAGUGCGGGACAUGACGUUCUCAUUUCUGCUCCUGCCGAAAACAAAAGCGGUUCUGGUUCUCGGACCGGUACGCCUACCACUCUUACUAAGGCCUGCGAGUUCAAUUCUUGUCCAAGUGGUAGUCCAGCUGUUGGAUAUAAUAGCUCGGUACAUCAGUUCAACUACGUCAAUUCGCACCCCGCAACUGCCAUGGAGUAUGGUAUCAAUACUCUCGCUCCCGGAUACUUUGGAGGCGCCCCUGACCUUGCUGUUACCGGGCCCAACGUUGGAGUAAACACGGGUGUUAUAUCGUUCAUCUCUGGUACUGUUGGAGCAGCCAUUGAGGCCAUAGGACUUGGUAUACCGGCCAUUGCCUUCAGUGGAGCCGAAGGAUCCGAAACGGCAUGGAAUGCAGCCGUCCCCGCAUAUUCCACCAUCUACGGUGAUUUAUCCGCAGUGGUAGUCAACACGCUCGUCGCUUCUGGCACACCAUAUCUGCCUGACGAUAUUUGGUUGAACGUCAAUUAUCCAAAAACUACCGAUUGCACAUCGGUGUCUGAUUAUAGCUUUGUGCUCUCCAGAAUCUAUACCGCGGUUCCCUUGGUCAGCGGUGCUGAUGUCGUGACUUGUGGUAAUGGAGGGAGACUCCCGACCGAGACAUCGGUUGUGGGAACAGAUGGUUGUUAUGCUAGUAUUAGUGUUGGUGGAACUAAUAAGAGGGAUGCUAGUGCUGCUAACCAAGCGACUGUUUUGAGUAAACUUUCAAGUAUUCUUACGUGUUUACCUUGA